AUGGCCCUGCCGGCUCCCCCCAUGGCUUGCAGCUUUCACUUCCAGCUGGUCCAUAAUUACCGCGUGCUGGCCACGGACAGGGAGCCGGUGGAGACGCUGCAUUUGGAAUCCUCAUCCCCAGCCGGGCGCUGCCCAUCGCCUUCCAGCCUCGAGCAGGUCCCAACAGGAGAGCUUCUUCCCAGUCACGACUCCUCGGCCCAGGCAGGACAGAGAGAGCAGCAGGAGAGCACGGAUAGAGCACUCUGUGCCCGGGAGUUCAGAUGGAAUGAGUUGACUGGAUUUGAGAGGAAGUGGCACUCCUCACUAAAGAGAGCGUGUGAAGUGGCAGCAGAGCCAGCAGAGAAAUCACAGCCCCAGAGGGAUGCGCUAAAGGAAGAGGUUCCUCUGGCAGUGCCAAAGGUUUACCUCUCACAGCAACCAGCACCCAGGGUUCUGGAGAAGCUGCUGCAGGAGCUCUCUCGCCAGGGGCACAAACUGUCCCAGGUGUGCCGAGACAAGGCAGUGCUGGCACAAGAGAACGCUGCCCUGGAAGCUCGACUGGCAGCCACAGAGCGUGACCUACGAGGCCUUUCCGAGCAGCUGGUAGAGGCCAGGUCACAGAAGGAGAGCCUGCAAUGCAGCCUGCUGGAGGCUCAGCAGCACAUCUUGGAGUUGAAGAUUGAAAGGAACUGUCUGGAAGGCCAACUUCACUCAGCCACGCAGGUCAAGGAGUUGAUCAUUGAGGAUGUGAAGGGCCUUCAGCGUGAGCUGCAAGCUGUAAAAUCAUCCAGCAAGCAGCAACGCAAAGAAAUGGCUGAACAGCUCCAAAGGAUGGAAAAGCAGUGUACCAAGGCUCUCAGACUGUGGCACUGUGCUCAGGGAGAGGAAAAGAACAAACUGGAAAUACUGGAGAGCCAGCUCGAACAACAGCGUUUGGAGGCACAGGAGCUGCUGGAGCAACGCGAGAAGUCCCUGGCAGAGCUGCAGAGCCAGAAUGUUGAGCUUUUAUGCAAGCUGCGUCGGCUGCAGCAAAAGCUCAAGCAAAGCCAGCAGUUUGUAGAGCUCCUGACGCAGGAGCUGAAAGAGGAGCAAGAGAAUGGGCAGAAUAUCAGGAACAAGCUGCUGGCAGCUCAGAGAAAGAUGAAGGCAAUGGAGAAGAGGCACCAAAAAGAAAUAGAAAGAAUGCAAGAGAUGCAGUUGCGGCACAGGCUGGCUGAAGAAAAGCAGAUGGAUGCGGGCCAUGCCAUUGAAGCUCCCCCAGCAGCAGCAUCCUCCAAAGAAGCCUCCUCUCCUCAACCUGAAAACUCGAGCACCAGCAGCUCUCCCAGCUCAAGCCAGGAAUCAGAGCAGCGGCACCAGGAGGGAAAGAAGCAGUGCCUGCAACUGCUGAGGCGUGUUGUCAGUGUGGGAAAUCCAGAAAAGAAAUACACUGGAUGUGAAAUUAUUGGCAGUGGGAGUUUUGGAACAGUUUAUAAGGCUUUUGAUGCUGCCACAGGACGAGCGGUGGCCAUAAAACAAAUUGAUCUUCAGCACCAGGGCUGCGAGUAUGUAUUGAGAGAACUCCUGGUCAUGAGGGCAAAGAAGAACCCCAAUAUUAUUACCUACCUGGAAAGCUACCUUGUAAAUGGGGAUGUCUGGCUGGUGCUGGAGUACAUGGAUGGAGGCUCUUUAGCUGAGGUGGUCAGCUGGAAAAGGAUGGCUGCAGGACACAUAGCAACUGUGUGUCGGGAGUGCCUGCAAGGCCUGGCUUUCCUUCAUGCCAAUAAGGUGAUCCACAGAGACAUCAAAAGCGACAACAUCCUUCUGGGUCGGGAUGGCUCCGUCAAGUUGGCUGAUUUUGGCCUCUGUGCUGUGCUCACCCCUGAGCGGAGUCAACGCAAGUCAACGAUCGGGACCACGUGCUGGAUGGCACCCGAAGUUGUCCGAGGAGAGCCAUACGGUCCCAAAGUGGACACCUGGUCCCUUGGCAUUGUAGGAAUAGAAAUGGCCAAAGGAAGGCCUCCUUAUGUUUGGAAAACCAGGGAACGGGCUAAAUAUCUGAUAGCCAAACGAGGGGCACCAGAUCUGCACAAGCUCAGGCUCCCCUCCGGCUUGUGUGAAUUUCUGGGCUGCUGCCUGCAGAUGGAUGUGGACAGGCGAGGCUCUGCCCAGGAACUGCUGCAGCAUCCAUUUCUCAAAUUAGUGGAGCCUCUGUCCAGCCUCUUCUGAAGCCAGAUUGCUGUUAUCUGUGCAGCAAAGUAAUGCAGG